AUGGUGCACUUUGCUGCCAUGUAUGGAAUGAAGCGUGUCCUGGCUCAUGUCAUUGACGGGCUAUCAGAUAUCGAAGAUGAAUCCAAAAUCACCUGUCCGGCGGAGAUCAUUGGUAUUGAACUGCCUAGAUAUGGUGAGAGGAAUCAAGUCAUCUACGACUUGCGAAGCUUGUUCACCGCGGCGGAUGAUCGCUGGACAUCCCUUAACCUCAAGCAGAAGCUGAAGCAGAUGAAGGAAAGCUUUAAAGGCAAGACCAAGGAGGAGCGGGAGCUCCAUGAGCACAUCCACUACGUAGCUGCCUUGGACACAGAGGAGGCAAGCGGUGGUUCGAAGCUGGGUGUGCAGCCGCUUCCGCCGAAUUUCAAGAAGGAGCACCCCAUGCACCUGCUGGCCAAGACGAUGUCACUCAGGUCUCCUGGGCAGAAAGCACCGGAUCCUCAGCAGUUCCAGGAAGUGGUGGGCAUUUUGAUGGCCAAGGUUGCAGAGUCCAACAGCUGGAUGAACCUCACCAAGCGAGAUGCAGAUGGCAAGUCUGUAUUGGAGUACUUGGUCAGCUCUUGUGACCAUGCCUAUGCCUGCCCUGUGGUUGAAACGUUGGCCCACAUGAUCCCGGCCGUGGUCCUCGAGAGUAACUGCUUCUUUGCGGCGCUCGACAACCCGACGGGGCCUGCUCGGCUUUUCAAGGCCUUGUUGAGAAAUGCCACAGACAGAAAGAUCCUGCUGAAGCUGCUGGAGCAAGAUCAGGACCGAAGUGGGCUCAAUGUGGUACAGAUCUGUGCCAAACAAGGAGAU